GUGCAUUCCUGAACAUGACCAAAACACGUAAUCAGCCUGGGACGUUCUUACGUCUCGGUAAAAGUUCUCAAACUGUGCAGAGGUAGCCGGCUAAAAUUCAAAGGACACAGUAGAGGUAGAAUGGCAUCAAAGGAAUCCAAGCCAAAUCUUACCCAUGCACAAGUGUCUGAGUUAGUUAUACGUCUGUACGGCCUGACUGAGUCUGAGAUCCGUCCACUUCCUAGUUACGAUGACCAAAAUGCCUAUGUAUGUGUGAGCGAUGGUGGGGAGUAUGUGCUGAAGGUCAUGAACUCUGGGGACAGCCGGAACCCCACUCUGCUGGAGCUACAGACCCACGCCAUGAACUUCCUGCAUUCGAGGGGACUUCCUGCCCAGACAGCCAUUCCUACUAAGACUGGCCAGCUCAUGAGUCUAGAGGAGAUCGACUGUGGCUGCGGGCUUCAGAAGUACCUGGUGCGUUUGCUGACUUAUUUGCCUGGUACAACUGUUGCCAAGAUUCCUUCCUCCCCUAAUAUCCUUUACCAAGUAGGGAAAAUGGCUGCCACCAUGGACAAAGUCUUCCAGGAAAUGGAGCACCCCAAUCUGCAUGUGCUUCAGAGAGAGAACUUCAUCUGGAGUCUGUCCAGCAUCCCUCUGCUGGAACAGUACCUGCCUGUGAUGGACGGCGACCCCAUGCAGGAGGUCGUCAGCAAGGUCAUCGCACAGUACCAGGCACAGGUGAUCCCCAAGAUGUCGGCCUUCCGUAAAUGUAUAAACCAUGGGGAUUUCAACGAUCACAACAUUCUGGCGACGGUGGACGGUCCUUCCCAGUAUAAAAUCUCGGGCAUCUUGGACUUCGGGGACAUGAGCAGCGGUUACUACAUCUUCGAGCUGGCCAUCGCCAUUAUGUACAUGAUGAUUGAGAGCCCCAGCCCGGUGGACGUGGGCGGCCAUGUCCUGGCGGGCUACGAGAGCGUCAUCCCCCUAAACGAGGCGGAGAGGGACUGCCUCUUCCUGCUGGUGCUGUGUCGCUUCAGCCAGUCGCUAGUGCUAGCACGCUACUCUGUGCAGCAGCAGCCCGAGAACGAGGAGUACCUGAUGAUCACGUCCCGCACGGGGACGAAACUCCUGAGGCGCCUCUGGGAGCUGGGCCAGCAGCAGGUGGAGCGCACCUGGUUUGAGAGUGCCAAGACCUACGAACACCAAAACUGAUCAACGCUAUGGCGGUUUACACACCUGGUUCGAGUGCGCCAAGACCUACAAACACCAACACUGACCAACGCUUUGGCGGUUUACUCUCUAAAGGAAUUCUGUGAGGACUUGUACUGUAAAGACUUUAACAUUUGUUUCCAAAAGGGCUGUGGACAAAUCCAUUAUAGUCCUCAUGAAUUACUGAUUGGCCCAGUAUACAUACUCGUUAGUGUGGGGCAUUUUUAAGCCCUUUGCCUUGAAAUGUGAAAGAUGCAACACUAACUCCAAUCCUCAGGAUACAUUUUAUUAUGAAGUUACAUUCUACGUGGAAAAAUCAUGCCUUCGUUUUAUUGGUGCAUCUAAAUGUUUGAUCAUUUUUAAAACUGUAUACUAUUUUGAUGUAGUUUGUCUAUGAAGUACUGUACAAUCAAGCAAGCUAGUGAACUCGUCUGUGCCUUAUAUCGGUUGGAACUGUGAAAUAAACUAAGCUCUCAUGCCAGUGAUGCUCAUA